GGCGCCAGAAGGCGCGCGGCUGCGGGGAGAGCGCGGGCUGCGGGAUGGGGCCCCCGGAGAGCGCGGCGGAGCUUGCAGCCGAGGCGGUGGAGCUGCGCGAGCCCGAGCUGCAGCUCGCGGACCCGGCGUCCCCCGGCGAGGAGCACGUGGACGUCGAGGCGGAGGGCGCCCCCGGCCGCGGCAGGUGUUGGCCGUGCGGAGCCUGGGCGUGCGGCUCGCGUGGGGAGCCCGAAGCCAAGAAGAAAGCACCCUGCCCCGGACUUGGCUUGUUUUACACGGUGUUGUCUGCCUUCCUUUUCUCAGUGGCCUCUUUAUUUGUUAAAAAAGUGCAAGGCGUCCAUGCUGUAGAGAUCAGUGCGUUUCGAUGUGUGGUCCAAAUGCUAGUUAUUAUCCCUUGCUUAAUAUACAGAAAAACGGGGUUCAUAGGUCCCAAAGGCCAGCGACUAUUCCUUUUCCUCAGAGGGGUCUUUGGUUCCAGUGCCAUGAUCCUCAUGUAUUAUGCGUUCCAGACAACGUCCCUCGCAGACGCCACAGUUAUUGCAUUUAGCUGUCCGGUGUUUACGUCCAUAUUUGCUUGGAUAUUUCUCAAGGAAAAGUAUAGCCUCUGGGAUGCUUUCUUCACCUUGUUUGCAAUCGCUGGAGUGAUACUUAUCGUGAGACCACCAUUUAUAUUUGGUUCCGACACUUCAGGGAUGAGAGAAAGCUAUUCAGAGCACAUUAAGGGAACGUUUGCCGCGAUCGGACACGCUGUGCUAGCCGCGAUGACUCUGGUUAUUCUGAGGAAAAUGGGAAAGUCUGUGGACUACUUUCUGAGCAUCUGGUAUUAUGUGAUACUUGGCCUUCCCGAAGCCAUCAUCAUCCUCUUUGUCAUAGGAGAGUGGAGUCUGCCCUACUGUGGGCUGGACAGGCUGUUUCUCAUACUCAUUGGACUCCUAGGUUUGGGGGGUCAGAUAUUUAUCACUAAAGCAGUUCAAAUAGAAAAAGCAGGACUCGUAGCGAUAAUGAAGACCAUGGAUAUCGUCUUUGCCUUCAUCUUUCAGAUUGCUUUCUUUGAUAAUGUACCAACUUGGUGGACGGUGGGUGGGGCCCUCUGUGUAGUGGUCAGCACCACUGGAGCAACCAUUCGUAGAUGGCUGCAGGGUUCCAAAUGAAAUGUCACUGCUGAAACCUGGUUUUUAUUUUCGAGUGUGCCAUCACCUAGCUCAGACAUCUUACACACCCACAUACAUACCUGGAGAAUCUGCAUCAUUCAUUGGCUCUCUUUAAUACCUUUCAUAAAGUACCCAUUUUUAAACAUAGUACGUUUUUAGUUACAAGUAGCUAGCCAGGCUGGCCGCAGUCUGAAUAGCUUUUAUUCUUGCUUCGGCUCGUUGCUUGGGUUACCAUUGAUGAGAAGCUCAUUUGAGAAAUUUUUAUGAGUACAAUUUUUAAAAUUUAUUUUUGACCUGGGAUGUGGAUGAGAGAUCCUCUAUUUUAGCAGUGCAGAUAAGAAACUCAAUGUUGACAAUGCUGCUCUAGUUAGUACUGUGCUAAUCCGUCGAUUGCAAUAUCAUCCCACUUAGGAUGCCAAAGCUGCAACUUGGUACAGGUGCCUACUUACUGAUAGGAGCAUAAGCGAACCAGCCUUAUUUUCAAGGAUCUUAGAGAUGAUUAUUACACUUGUAACUCAUGUGUGCCUUUUCGUUUUGAUGCUGGAACUUUUAUAUGUACCUGAACAGAGCCUUCAGCUUGCCACAUGUGGUGAGCAGUUCUCUCUUUCAGAAUAUUAGCAACGCUGGCUAUCAUUUUUGAAUUUCAAUUGUCUCCUGUUUUAUUGAAAAUGCACUAUUUUUUUUUUAACAUUCCAAGAUUUCCAAUCUUGAAAUCAUGAGAGCAAAAUCUUGGCGUGACCAGUGUGUACAUUCCCGUCCUGAGGUGAUUUCACUUCAGAUGCGGUGAUUUUUCUACAAAUUCUCUUUGAAUUCAUAGUGUGAUGCCAAAUACAAUUUUUCUCAGGAUUGUACUAGGCUGGGCCAUUAUCAGAUCGCCCAGAUUCUACCAUUAUCAUUUUGAAAACCCAUAGUUCUAGAAGGUUCAUCCUGCAGGCUCCCUUCAUGUUAAACCAAAUAUUUAUACCUUUACAGUACAUAUCUGUUAUUAAACUUACAGUCUUUUUCCAUUUUGGAAUGGUAUGUUAUAAUGCUUGUGGCAUACAAAGAAAUGUAAAAACCUGUUAUUCCAUAGUUGAUUGGUUUUCCCAGUCUUGCAUAUACAGAAAGAACACAGGUACAAGCCAGUCUUUGACACACAAUACUAGUGUGAACUUAGACAGUAGAUUCUAACUGUGGAGCACCAGCAGGCCAGUACUCCUCUGUGAAAGAGGAAAGCCUGGUAGAUUGGGAGUAAAUGACUGUGUGUGUCUUUGGAUGCCUUUAUGGUGAGGCCAUUGUGGCUGCCACCUCUUUCUUUGUCAGACACUGUCUAUUGUUAUCAUUAGCUGCAGAGUUCCUCCCAGACUCCUCACAGCUCUUCUGAAGGAAGGGACUGGUCUCCUGGAUCUUCCAUUUAGCUAUGAAAGGAUCUUCUCCAGUAGUUCCUAAGAGGAACUUAGAGUUUGGUGGCUUUAAAUCAUAUUUGCCACCUGACAUCCUACAUAUGUACUUAGCUGAGUCACCUCAGCUGCAUUUGACCCUGCAUAGAUCUGCCAGUGGUGCCAUUCUACCAACAUCCUAGAAAAACACACAGUCAACAGACUCUUAGAACUCUGCAGGGGUCUUAGAGGGCAUCCUGAGGGAUGACGGGAGGGAGGCUUGCAGUAGCUAGUUUCCAUAGCAGCCUCCUCUUACUGAGUUCCACUCCUGGAGUACCACCAAACUUACACAAGAGAAGAGUGUCUGGGAUAGUGGAAGAUAACCCCUUUGGAAAUACAUUAUAUUUCAACUGUGUCUUAAGUACAUGGAUGUCAGGAUAUGGCUGACAUUGGAGACAAUGUUUCUUAUACCAACCUUUACAGGGUGUGAUUUUUAAACAAUGUUCAAGUGGUAUACAAGACUAUGUAUUGUAACAAUUAUGGGGGGGUAUGUAUUUUCCAAAGAUUGUAGUUUCUAUACCUUGCAAAGGGAAAUAUUUUU